AUGCCGGCUUUUCAAGAUCCGACCGGCAACAAGAGUUCAACCACAAAUGCAGGCGGCGGACACUGGCUGAAGGAGGAUGUCGCCGCGUUUGACGCGGGAUUCUUUGGUAUCAAUCCUGUCGAGGCAGUCGCUAUGGAUCCACAACAGAGGUUGCUCCUCGAGGUCGCGUAUGAGUCGUUUGAAAAUGCCGGCUUGAGCCGAGAUUCUCUCUGGGGCUCCAACACGGGUGUCUUCGUCGGCCAGUGGAGUUCGGACUAUCACGAGAUGAUGGCUCGCGACACCGAAAACCCCCCCUUGUAUCUCGUCACCGGCACGGGUCCGGCCAUCGCGUCCAACCGCAUCUCUUACUGCUUCAACCUGCGCGGACCGAGCUUCACCGUCGACACGGGCUGCUCCUCGAGCUUUGUGGCCCUGCACCAGGCCGUGCAAAGCUUACGUCUCGGCGAGACAGCACAAUGCUUCGUGGGCGGUGUCAACCUGCUGCUAGAUCCACAGCGCUUCCAUUACCAGAGCCGCCUCAAGAUGUUUUCGAGUGAAGGGCGAUCAUUCUCUUUCGACUCGCGCGCCAACGGCUAUGGACGAGGUGAAGGGUGCACCGGCGUCAUGCUCAAGCCGCUAUCUGCAGCGUUGCGGGACGGCGACAAUGUGCGAGCCGUGAUACGCAGUUCGGUGCUCAACCAGGAUGGGCGUACGCAGGGUAUCACGCUACCCAGCGGGGCGGCUCAGCGCGAAGCCAUCCUAAAAGCUUAUCAGCAGGCUCAUCUUGAACCCUUCGCCGAUUACGUCGAAGCCCAUGGCACAGGCACCAAGGUCGGGGACCCAAUCGAAGUCGGUGCCAUCGCAUCUGUGUUGUCGCGCGGCCGGGCGUCCAGACGGAAGCUGCCAAUAGGCUCCGUCAAAGGCAAUAUUGGCCAUCUCGAGGGAGCGGCAGGCCUUGCCGGACUGAUCAAGUCCGUCCUCAUGCUCGAGAAGGGAAUGAUCCCGCCUCAGGUGAACUUUGAGAACGUGAACCCGGAGAUUUUGCUCGACGAGUGGAAUUUGCGUAUACCCCUACUGGCAGAACCGCGGAACUUGCGCAGAAUCUCGGUCAACAGUUUUGGCUACGGCGGCACCAACGCUCAUGUGGUCUUGGACGCGGCCGCUGACCACAUGCAUAUCGUCACACCACCACUACGACGAACGUUGUCCUGGGGGAGCACGGCGCGGACCCCCCGGGUCUUCAUCCUUAGCGCGGCUAACCAGAGCUCAUGCCAGAAAAUGUGCACGAGGGUCGCCAGGUAUCUCGUGGCGAGACAACCACAUACACUGGGAUCCGAACAGGAUGUACUGCUAUCCCGGUUGUCAUACACGCUGAGCAAGCACACGAUGCUUCCUCAUCGUGUGGCUCUUGUUGCAUGCGACAUGGGCAACCUGGUGUCGCAGUUGAUGAUGGCCUCCUCUGGCCCUGUCCCCCCUCGAGAGACGAAGAAGAGCAGCCGAAUCGCCUUCAUCUUCAGCGGCCAAGGAGCACAGUACGCUGAGAUGGGCCGUCAGCUACUCCAAAGCCGGCCGGUCUUUUUCAGGGCUCUGGAACGCGCUCGCUCACACCUCUCCCACCUGGGCUGCACGUGGGAUCUGGUGAGUGAGUUGUGCCGCCCAAAAGCCGAGUCACACAUCAACGAACCCGCCUAUGCCCAACCCCUCUCGACGGCGGUCCAGAUGGCGCUUGUCGAUCUGCUGGCCGAAUUCAAUAUUUUGCCAGCGAGCGUCGUUGGGCAUUCAAGUGGCGAAAUCGCCGCCGCUUACGCCGCCGGGCUUAUGUCUUUCGAAGACGCGAUGACGGCCGCGUACUUUCGCGGCAAGUUGACCGGGGAGCUGAUAGCGGAGAAUCAACGCAAUGGUAUCAGCGGCGGUGCCAUGAUUGCCGUGGGCGCCUCGGCCACGACGACAGAACAACACAUCUCCAAAGUGGGCGAGCAGUAUGGGCGCAUGAGAGUUGCCUGCAUCAACAGCCCGGCUAGCGUAACUGUCUCCGGAGACGCCGCGGCGGUCGAACAACUGGCAGGGGCGCUUGAAGCCGAGGGGAUCUUCAACCGCAAACUCAUGACCAACGGCGCCGCCUACCACUCCCACCAAAUGGAGGCUCUGGCGAGCGAAUACGCCACGCGCCUGGGAGCCCUAAAGCCUUUCCCGGCAGGCCUAUCGACGGUGCGCAUGUUUAGCUCGGUAACUGGCCAGGAUGUUGGAAACGAAACAGAACUCGGUGGUGAAUAUUGGGUGCAAAAUCUGCUGAGCCCAGUUCUCUUCUCACAGGCCGUCAAGCUCAUGAGCGAAGAGCGGUAUGACGGCGAGCCGAUUGACACCAUCGUCGAGGUUGGGUCCCACUCGCAACUGGGAGGUCCGGUGAAGCAAAUCCUCAAAGCUCGCUCCAAGGGGUUCGGGGAGGUGGCUUACACGCAUACGCUGAAAAGGGGUAGCGACGCCGAGGAGUCUCUGCUGCGUUGUCUUGGAUUCUUGUGCAUCCAGGGGUCACCAGUGACGGCCGAGGCCUUGAACGAUAGUGACAACGGUCACCACCCCGGGACUCCCGCACUGCUCCCUGAUCUUCCACCGUACCCGUUCGACCACAGCCGCAGAUUUUGGCAUGACAGCCGCCUGUCGAGAGAUUACCAAGCACGACCCCAUCUUCCGCAUGAGCUCCUCGGCACGCUCUCGAUAGAUGUCAACCACGUCGAACCUCGCUGGCGGCGAUUCCUCAACUUGAAGGAAAUCCCAUGGCUGCGAAAGCACAUUGUACAGGGGCAAAUCGUGUUUCCCGGAGCAGGGUUCCUGACUAUGGCGGUGCAGGCGGCGCGACAGCACUCUAGAGCAAUGUCUCCCACAGCUUACGUCGAAGCCAUUGUGCUCCGCAACAUCAAUAUCGGCAAAGCCCUUGUCCUGUCGGAGGAUGAGGCGAACGUGGAAAUUGCGCUUUCGCUUCGGCCGCAGGCGCGGACUGCGCGCGAGUCAUCCAGCCUCUGGAACGAGUUCCGCAUUUUUAGCAUAGCGCGGACCGGACAGUGGACGGAGCAUUGCCGAGGUCUCAACGGCCCAACAUACGACGUUUUCGUCUGCCGCGAGGGCGAUGAACUGACUGGAGAUGAGAUGAUCCUGCACGCUGAAGGCGUCCAACUCACCGCCUUACCAGGUGAUGUCGGUGCUGGUCGGGCGAAACGAGAGCUCUGCUACGACACAGAAUGGAUCACAUAUUCCCAAACCUGGACGCCGCAGCACCUCGAGCGCAUUUGCAAAUCGGCGGUACCAGCAGAAUCGGUCGCAACUCGCAAUCGCAUUCUCCAGGCCCUGAGUAUCCAUCACGUGCAAAGGGCUCUCAGGGAGCUGUCGAUGGAGGACAUUCCCGAAGGCAGCUAUUUGCGCCGGCUGUUUGAGUGGAUGCAGAUGCUCGCCAACGAAGAAUACGACGCAUCGCUUAUCGCCACCGAGGACGGUAGCAGCAUGGGGGCCUUUGGCGAGGCUAUUUUGCGCAUGGGACCGUGCCUCGGCGAGAUCCUCAAUCAAAAGACGGACCCGCUGGGUGUGCUAAUGCCGGGAAACCUCUUGUCCCGGUUGUAUGCUGACGAUCGCCGCAUGCGCUGCAACUUGCAAAUCGCAGCGUGGUGCAAGGAGUUGGGCCUGCAGAAACCUGGGCUGCGCGUUCUCGAGAUCGGAGCUGGCACCGCAUCCACCACCGUUCCGGUUUUGGGUGCGUUGCACGGCCGCGUUGGCCGCUAUGACUUCACCGAUCUGACCUCCACAUCCUUCGAGAAUGCGAAGCAGCGCCUGGGGAACAUGUCAGACUCCGUCGACUUCAAGAUUCUAAACAUCGGGAAUAACCCGCGGGAGCAGGGCUUUGAGGAGGCCAGUUACGAUCUCAUCUUGGCCAGCAACGUCCACGCGACGCGCCGAAUCAAUGAGAUGCUGGAGAAUCAAGCUGCAGAGGCAGCAUUGGGCAAGACGACUUUGCUGUUGUCGCAAAACGAGGCCCGGCUUGGCCCGGUGACGCUUUCCGUCCAGGAACUCGGUGCGCCGCCGCUUGGGGGUGGUAUUGUCGUGGUUCUCCCAGAAGUUGGUACUCUGCUCCGUGAGAACGUUGACGCAAAUUCUUGGCGGGGAUUCAAGAGCUGGGUGCUCAGCGCAAGAGCUGUGGUGCUCGUGAGCCAGGAGAGCGGCGCAGACGCGACUGACCCCGGGGUCGCCGGGCUCUGGCUCGGAUUUGCGCGCUGUCUCCGCUUAGAGCAUCCCGAAAUCCGCAUCGUCACCUUGCAGCUGCAACAUGCCCGCGUUCCCAUGGCAGAGAAGCUUUCCGAGAUUCUCCCAACCCUACUGGGCUGCCCAACGUUCAAUCUCGGCGAGGAGGGUCCCGAUGUCGAGAACGAGUUUGCCGAGAGAGACGGUCAACUCUUUGUCCCCCGCCUUGUAUCGCGACCCGAGAUAACGGAUCACAUCUACCGUAGCGGUCACUUGGCGGAGCCCGAGCUGACGCCAUUUUUGCACAACGGCCGCACCCUAGCAGCAGAGUUAGGCGUGCCGGGUUUGAUGGAAACCUUCCGCUGGAAGGAUGACAAGGACGCACCAUCAGUUGGCGCCGAUGACAUCAAGAUUGAGCUGAGGGCAGCAAGCGUCAACUUCAAAGAUGUCCUCAUCGCGGCCGGCCAACUGGAGGGCAUCACCGAAAUGCGAAACGACUGCAGCGGCGUUGUUGUCGAGGUGGGAGCCAAUAUGCUCGGGAGGUUCAAGCCAGGAGACCGCGUUUGCGCUCUCUAUUCGCGGUCGUAUACGAACUACCCAGUUGUGCACGGCGACUGCUGCCAAGUGCUCCCUGAUUCCAUGUCCUUUGAGGAGGGAGCUUCUCUACCCAUCGUGUGGUCAACAGUGUAUUAUUCGCUGGUGGAACUUGGCCGGCUGAAGCGUGGGGACAAACUUCUUAUCCACUCCGCCGCGGGCGCCGUUGGGCAGGCUGCCAUCAUGCUAGCCCAGCACCUCGGGGCCGAAGUCUUCGUCACGGUCGGCAAUUCUGCCAAGCGUGAGCUGCUGCAGAAUACAUAUGGUAUCCCCCCGGAUCACAUCUUCUCCAGUCGAACGACUGCCUUCCACGGGGCGAUCAAGCGCCUCACGGGCGGCUACGGUGUGGACGUCGUUCUCAACUCGCUUGGUGGAGAACUGUUCCGCGAGUCGUGCAAUUUGGUCGCCCAUUUUGGCCGCUUCGUCGAGAUUGGGCGCAAGGACUUGAUGGACGAUGCCCUAAUGCCCAUGGGCUUCCUACUCAAGAACGUCACCUUUGCCUAUGUGGAGCUGACGGGGGUCAUGGAGCACAACAAGCCUCUGGCUAGGCACAUACUUCGCUCGGUGGCGGAUCUUGCGUCUGCCGGCCAUAUCCGGGCGGUGCCCCUGACAGUACUGCCCAUGUCCGAAAUCGAAACAGCUUUCCGCCUCAUUCAGGGGGGUAAGCAUACGGGAAAGGUCAUCCUCAAGGUUGAGCAAAGCCAGCAAGUCAAGGCAGUACCUCCGGCGCCAAUCCCGGCCAGGCUAAAGGCGGACGCGACCUACGCCGUCGUCGGUGGAUUCGGUGGCCUUGGGCGUGCCGUCCUUUUGUGGAUGGUAAGCCACGGCGCGCGAUACAUCGUCGCACUGUCCCGCUCGGGGGCCAAGGACCAGGAAAGUCAAUCGUUCAUCCAAGAAAUGAAUGCGAAAGGCGUGAGUGUGGUAGGGAAAGCCUGCGACAUAGCAUCCGAAGAGCGGGUUGCCAGCAUACCACAAGAGAUUGAGCUGGAGGGGAUGCCUCCCAUCCGCGGAAUCGUCCAGUCCGCUAUGGUUCUCAAGGACACACUAUUCGAGCACAUGACCGAGGACGACUGGAACUUGGCUCUCAUGCCGAAAGUGCGCGGGACCGUGAACCUGGAGACGAUCCUCGGCGAGGACCUCGACUUCUUCGUCAUUCUAUCCUCAGUUGUAUCCGUAUGGGGGAACAUCGGGCAGUGCAACUAUGCAGCGGGUUGCGGCUUCCAGGACUCGUUAGCGCAUCAACGGGUCGGGCGUGGUCGGGCAGGCUACUCGAUCAACGUCUGCCCCGUCAGCGAUGUCGGGUACGUCAGCGAACACGCAGAGGUCGCCGAGGCACUACGCCGGACGGGAAUGGGAGAAAUGUCGGCAGCGGAGCUACUCACCGUGGUAGACCACUCGGUGAAGCAUCCCCUCGGAGGCGGCUGUGUGAUCAGCGGUCUGGCGCCACCAAACAGCGAACGCGGGUCGGGCGAGAGCUGGAUGCGGAAGCCCCUCUUUGCUCACCUCGCGAGACGUGAUGCGGGGGGGGCGCAACGACAGGACGGCGAGACGUCCGAUAUUGCAACACUGCUGGGUGCGGCCCAGGAGGUGGAGGAAGCCGUCGAGAUAAUAUCGGAGGCGAUUCUGCAGCAGCUGGGCAAGCUGAUGGCAACGCCCGCCGAAAUGCUCAGCGCGACGAGGAAUUUGGAUAGUUAUGGAGUCGACUCGCUUGUCGCUGUAGAGCUGCGGAGUUGGAUUGGCGCCUAUCUCGGGGCUAACGUGCAGCUGUUGGUGCUGAGGGGGGCGAGCAGUAUCAAUGCUCUUGCUAAAAUCGUGGCGAAGGAGUCGCGGUUGGUGUGUUUUGAGUAGGUAAGGUAGGUUGAGAUAACCUACGGGCAGUCGGAGAAAGAUGGCCCGGCGAUUGGCACUUUCGCAGCUUGUCACCAGGCCGUUCCUUCCUUUUUUGGCGUCAACGUCGAGUUGUUUUAAUUUAGCUCCGCUCGUUCCACGGGCAAGAGCUUCCAAGUUCCUUCGUGAUAAUCUGGACUUUUUGGUGCUGGUGUCAGACAAAUCGUUUAGUAAACGUCCCGGUGUUUGUUGACUCGCUUGAAUCGCUUCCUGGGUCAACGUUGGGACCUAGCCACCUCUCGUUGAGGGCACCAUGGGUUGGAACUUGAAAGCAGCAAGAGUCCAGCGCAGGCUGCCUCGUUCGACGGCAAGAACUACCUACAUACCUACCUGACGAAUAAUUACCCAGGAAUACGAAGGCCGGCCGCAUUGCGGAUAGUAGGUAAGGUACCAUAGCGCGCC